AUGGGUCUUUUUAGGCGAUCUGUCAAUCAUCUCCACCUAUUCCAGAUCCCUGUUCUCUCUGCUGUACCAUCUGUAGUCCUAGCCAUGGCUGAGUCACCUCUUCUGGACUCUUAUGAUCUCAGCUCACUGACGAUCAUAGGGACAGGUGGUGCUCCCAUGAGUAUAAGCGUAAUGGAUCGUCUCCAAAAAAGGUUGCCCAGUGUGCAAAUGGUACAGGGAUAUGGUAUGACUGAAGUAAGCUUUGCUUCACAUACCUCCUCGCUAGACAGUCCGAAAGGCAGUGUGGGCGUGUUACUCCCGAACACGGAAAUGAAGGUA